GUCGAGAAAAAGCGAACGACAAUCGAAUAGAAGAGUACAACAAAGGCCAUAGAAACGAUUAGAAGAAGGUUGUAUCAAAAUAAAAGCUGAGUAGAAUAAACCUCUUUCUCGUCUCUCCCCCAAAUGAAAUAGAACUACGAACGCGUACCGGACGAGUCCAAGACUUUCGCGUCCUACAUGCAGACAUCAAAGUCCCUUUCUUCUUUUUUCGAAACAGUCACUGCACGCACUCUUUUCAUUGCAAAUACCAACAAACAAGAAUAACCAUGGGUCUCUUUUCCGGUGUAUACGAUGGCCUGAUAUGGGGCCACAUUGGUCCGAAAGAGAAGCUACCAAAAAACAACUCCUUUUAAGGCUUCUCUUAAUCCAUCUCGCGGAAGCAUCCUACCUGGGCAGGCUUUUGCGCAAGGGGAAUAUCAAGAUCAUCGUAGGAUGAUCUUCAAGAUGGAUUAGGCUUAGGGUGAGCUCUAAUUCCUGUUGGGUGGACAACCUUUCAAUGUCGGAGACUGGUUGAGAGGGUCGUCGAAGCCGAAGAUUAAGCCGAUGACAGAUUUCGAAAAAGGACAGCCUUUUCCUUUAGCAAAACUGCUUUUAUGAGAAAAGAGAUUAGAAAGUGGAUGAAAAUUCCAGGCAAGUAACCUCCUCCUGCUUAUUUGCAGUUUUCUACUUCUUCAUGAAGAGAAGAGUUGUGAGACUCUACUUGAUCUUUUUUUUGAGAUUUAUUGCAAGCUUAGUUUUGAGUUAAUGUUAACAAAGUUACCUCCAAUAGAGCAAACUGUUAUUAUUUUGUGUACCUGGGAGCCUUCAGCAACUACAUGCGGGUGCUAGAAAAAGUAAGCAUCUUGAGAAGAGCCUCGACCUUCUUUCUCUUUCCAAAUUGGUCCCCGUCUUAGUCCCCAUCUUCCCCAUCCUACUUCUAAUCCCCAAACUCCGCGAAUCCGGGAUUACGUUUCAUGUGCACGACAAGGAUCCGAUCUACGGACCUGAAGAGGACGUAGGAGACAUUUUUGGAUGGCUAUUCAAAGGUCUCACAGUGACGAUACCAAAAAAGCCGGGACGUAUUUUCUUACUUGUAUUUGAUUUAUCUUAUAAGUUGUGGAUCUAAUAAAGAUUUAAGAUUGACUAAUCCACUAUGUGUCGUCUAGAAAAACUGCAUUAAUACUUGCUUUCUCAGUUGCUUUGUUGAUCAACAAACUACAGAAAACAACCAAGAGAGUUGCACAAGAAUGCAAGACAUACUGGAUCAAAAUCUUUGCUGACAGGUGUCCCCAUUCCUCCUGAGGAUACGCAGCAUACUUUGGGCCCCUUAGCGGUUAAGGAUGGUCCGACUCAUGAUCCGGCAGCUUUUUUUGGUAAGGGAAGCUCUCGGGAAACCCAAGUUGCUUCCGAUGGGGGAUACAAUUAAGGCACGCAAACUGGCGUAAGUCUAGUACUUUUUCUGUACAACAAGAACAACGACAGAGAUGACAAGAAGAUGCAUGGAGAAUUCCCUUGUCUCAAGAAGUGACUAGUAAGACACAAGAAAAUUAUAUUUUUUUUAUACAUAAGCAGCUGUAGCAGCAAUGUUAAUUGAUUCCCGAUGAUCAUCUUCCUGUUUGUACAUCUGGAUGUUCUUCUUCUAAUCCGAAGUGACCAAUAUCAGAGAAUACAACGUCAAUUCCCAAAAAAUGUCUGGGAAAGCUCAUCGUGUCGCUAGACACAAAUUGACAACCAUUAUCACGGAUUUGAAGUCGGGGAAAAGUAGGAGUCAAACUUCUAUCAGCCAUCGAGAUUUGGAUAGCUUACCGGAUCUUAUGGCAUUUUUACAUGAUUGCAUCUCCAAUCAGAACAAAUAUCCCUGACAACUGCUUUUUUUCUACUCAGUAGAAAGUACGUUAUAGGAGAUCAGGGAUGCUGAUGUUCUGAGGAAUGCAAUGAAUAGCGCACCACCCUCUUCUAAUGGCGUGCUCGUCCAGAUGGAUUGGUACGGUAAUAACGGUAGCGAUCUUUUCUUGGGUGGAAAGGGUGACAUGGCACUGCGAAUGGCUUACUACCCGCUGAAAUCGAGAAUAUGGCAAGGGCAUGGUUGUAUUUUUGCUGGGUCGUGUUCUGUUGAGUGAUUAAUUAUUUAGUUUCUUGUUCUCAUCCUCUCUCUCGGUCACUCUCUGAACAAAUAAGCUUCAUAACCUGUUCUUGUUCUUGCAGGUGUUGUUGUGUCUCCUGCAGUCCUGUUUCUCAACCUUUUUUGAUUAUUACUCUAACUCCUGGUAUCUCGAAAGAUGUGGUGGCUAAUAUGAAACCUACAAAGAGUUUUGACCAAGAGGAGGACUUGUUGGACAUGCUUCUGAAUGAAGUCAAAGACGCGGAGGUAGAUUUUACAUUUUGACAAAGAGCUGUUACCAGCACGACCUACAGAUUUUUCAUAUAAUCGAAGAUUGUUUGAGAAAAAGUCAAAGUACAACUACAAGUAAGUGCAUACUGGUACUACUUUCUCUUUCGUCACUCUUCAUCAGUCGUAGGUACCAAUUAUAUCUUUUUACAACUUCUUGCUGUCUUUGUUACAAACUAGUGCAGAAUCAUUGUUAGUUUGACAAUAGAACGUAGUACUGGUACGUAGUCACGACUCUUCAUCAUUCUUGGUAUAAUUAACAGGAAGCUGAGAUGCAUAUGCAACAGGAAGCUCAGAUGGCUGAGAGCGCCGAGGCGUUCACCGCAACAGAACAAUUUCCGAACGGCGGCAACACGGAUCCUGGGAACAAACGAGCAAUCGCUCAAAUUCACCAAUUAAUAGAUGAACUCGAAAAACAACGACAACAAAAAGCUGGAAUACUUAAGGCUACAAUAAUAUUAAAGGCAUCUACUUAAUACAACUUCCAAGCAAGCAUCUUGAGCGUCGAUGGUCCUCUUUCUUUGUCAAGGGGGAAAAUAACGAGCACCAAGAUGCUCUUGCGGAUGGAUUUAUGGCAGUUCUAAAGUACGGAAGGCAAGGAUGGUAAAUCGAUUUGUGUAUGCAGCAGGAGCAGAUCAUCCGACCACAGGUUCGUCUACAACAGGAAGAGGAACACGAGGUCGUGCAGGAGAAGUAGAUGAAACCAUCGGCCGAAAUAAAGAGGAACAAGUUGUAUCGUCUUCUUCUUCCGACCCACAGCGAUCUUCUGGAAUUUCAGGAGAAGUAGAACAGCAACAAGGAGGAUCAGCUUCAGAACAGCAAGAACAAGAGGUAAUUAUAUCUUCACCAGAAGAACAACAACAAGGAUCAGCUUCGGAACGACAACAGGUACAUCAAGGCUCCCCCGCAGAAGAAAAAGGGUUUCCACCCAUGCUGGUUCUUCUCGGAGCCACCGUCGCACUGGGGUCUCAGGCUUUUUUGUGGUCUCACGUUUUCGUAAAAUAUUUCAAGAUUCCUAGUUGUAACGACAGAGAGGCGAUUACAACAGUCAUACCAGCUGAUGCAGUGCAGCAUCGACAGAGAAAUCCAGAACAGGGGACAGAAGGACAGGCGGGAGCACAAAGUGGGAACGAAGAACAGGAAGCUGGUGGUGGAGGUGGAAGUAGAGGGCUUUCGACGAAUGGUAGCAGUGAUGGAGGAGGUAAGAAUAGGAAUACAAUAGAUCCUAAAAAUAGAGAAGGUGCUGCUGGUGGAAUAGAAGCUGAUACAUCAACAGAGGUCAGCAACAACAAGUCAACAGCUGCGAAAGAAUCUGAUGCUGGUGAUAGCACAUCAGGAGCUUCGUCAUCUUCGAGAACAUCUGGUGCAAGCAAAUCCAGUGAGAGCACUGGCGCAUACUACACAUCCAGCAAGAGUAGUACAUCUGUUUCCUUUGCCAGUGAUACCACAUUUCCAUCCACUGCGUCGUCGACUAGUGCCAACACUUCCACCUUAACGGCGCACAGCGACGAAGAAAAAUCGGCUGCCGUCGGAUGCGUUUUAGGACAAACUGCUACUGGUGAAAGAACAAGUACUACUACAUCUACAAGUGCUGCUAGAGCUAGUUGGACAGACACUGUUGACAAAGAAGUAGUCGCAAAUCCAACAUCUCAGUUGUCUCAGCAGAGAGAGCGCUUUCUUUCUCGACUUGAGAAAAAUGAAGAAGGACAACAAGGAGGUGCUUCUAGUAAUGAACCACGGGCUGCGGUUGACAAGGCAGCGUCCUCAUCUACUACGGCAUUUCAGGGUAACGGAUUUCGCUUGAGUGACAAUUGAUAUUCGAGAAGAACCUAGAGAGGUGGUUUUAAUCUUGUAUUUUUUUUAGCACCAGAGCUUAAUCUUAUUUAGUAGAAUGUUGUUGUCGUCAAGGACGAGGCUUAUUCUUAAUAUUUAGUAGAAUGUUGCUUGUGUCGGAAUCAUUGUUCUUAGUUCUUCUGUUUGAAAUCCGUACUUUUUUUUGAUUGCGGAUUGUGCGAACCCAUGUGACUUCUGAUUUUUAUUCCAAGAAAACUGUUGACCACAAUGACAGCGAAUCAAAACUUGUACCGCAGCUCGACUGAUGAUGAUGGUGUUUGUUACCAAUAAUUCCUUAUAUGAGAUUCGCGACGUCGAAGAAUACGAGAUUGUGACCUCCUUGCAUAGAGCGUGUUUACUUACAUAAUAGUCUCUUGCUGCGACAAACCGACAUCUAGUGCUUUUUGUUAUGCCAGGUUGUGAUCAAAAUCUUGCAAAAGAAAAACGUAUCGAUACUUACAAAUAACGACGUUCUGAGCAUUGGUAUUAAGGAAAGGCAAAAGAUUGGACACCAGAUUAUAAUUAUAUGAGCCUAGUUUCUGAACAGACACGCAUCACGGAUAUACUACUUGGUACUGAAGAUCAAGAACAAGUUGGGCAGACGAGUUUAAUCCCGAGUACCAAAUUUUCGUCCUUCUACAA